CGCUCCUGACCAAAAGAUGAACCCUCGUUCGCCACCGCCGGCAGCCGCCAUCAGGAACGCGCGCGUGGCCGUCAGAGAGAAGUGGUCCAACCACAUGGAGUUCCUGUGCUCCUGCAUCGGGAACUCUGUGGGUCUUGGCAACCUGUGGCGGUUCCCUUACGUGGCGUACAAGAACGGCGGCGCGGCUUUCCUCGUGCCUUACAUCAUCAUCAACAUGCUCGUCGGGAGGCCCAUCUACUACCUCGAACUGCUGCUCGGACAGUUCAGCAGCUCGGGCCCGCUAGGCGCUUUCCGGCUGUCGCCCAUGUUCCAGGGCAACGCAUUCAGUAUGAUGUGGGGCGCCUUCAUCACCACCAUCUACUACCAAGUGGUGCUGACUUACGCCUUCCUCUACCUGUUCCACUCGUUCAAACGGCCUCUGCCUUGGUCAGACUGCUUCAAGUGGUGGGGCGCCACUCCAGAAGGCUGUUACCGAAGGAGCCCGGAACACGGCUCUGGACAGCGCCUGUGCGACAACGUCCGGCGCAACUUGGUCGCCGCUGGCCUCAACGACACCGGCGCCGAACACCUGGUGGCCGUGUCCUACAUGAAUCGCACGGUCCUGGUGUCUCAAAACGAGUACUCGGCCCGCUUCGCAGGUUGCCUCAACGCGAACGCGUCGUCGACCGAGGCGUUCUACAACGACUACGUGCUGAACGUGAGUCCGCGCAUUGAAGAUGCCGGAGAGCUGCAGUCGUCGUUGCUCAUCUGCUAUGGCCUCUGCUGGACGCUGAUCUUUCUCGCCAUCUUCAAGGGCAUUCAGGUAUCCGGAAAGGUGGCGUUGAUCACUGCCACUGCCCCCUACUUCAUGCUGGGUGUGAUGCUCUUGCGGGGCAUAACCCUGCCUGGCGCCAGCAUCGGCCUGCGGUACCUGCUGCUUCCUCGCUGGGAGGCAUUGUUCGACGGCCGGGUGUGGGCAGCAGCCACGGAGCAGGUCUUCUACUCUCUCAGCAUCGGCACAGGCGGCCUGGUGCUGUACGGCAGCUUCCAAGAGUUCCGCGCCGACAUGCACGGCAGCGUGCGCAUCAUCUGCAUAAUGGACUUUAUGACGAGCGCCUUCGCCUCGCUCGUCAUCUUCUCCGUGCUGGGAAACUUGGCGCGCACGCUGGACGUACCUAUCGAAGAGGUGGUCAGCGCGGGGCCCGGCCUGGCCUUCAUCACUUACCCGGAGGCACUGGCCCUGCUGACGUUUCCCAACCUGUGGUCGGUGCUCUUUUUCACCAUGCUGUUCAUGCUGGGCAUCGACUCGCAGAUGGCCAACUGCGAGUUCGUCAUCAAGUCCGUCCAGGACCUCUUUCCGCCGCUCGAGGGGCGCCGCGAGGUCGCCACCUUUUUGUACUGCGUCGCCUGCUUCCUUAUCGGCCUGCCCCUAACCACUCGCGCGGGCCUCUACAUUCUCACCAUCCUUGACAACUACCUGGGCGCGCUUAUUCGUGCUCUUCACCUGCUUCGGCGAGACUCUCAUCGUCGGCUGGGCGUACGGCAUGGACCGCUUCUGCUUCGACGUCGCCUUCAUGACGGGCCGGUGUCCGAGCUACUACUUCCUGUCAGCCAUCAAGUACGUGUCGCCCGUGGUGCUGGGCACCUUCCUCGUCUACACGCUGGUCACGCUGCCCAGAAGCACCGUCGGCGAUUACGUGCUUCCCAUCUGGGCCGAUGGCUACGGCUGGGUCCUGGCUCUUGUCGGCAUGGCGGCAGGUGGUCAUCAUCGCCGUGGCCAGGGUUGUCCAGUGUGGCAAUGACUGGUGGAGGGCCCUGUCUCCCGACUCCGACUGGGGCCCUUACGAAACCAAGUACCGGGCGCGCUACUUCGUCCAGCUGGAGGAGUCGGGGAUCGCCGAACUCUACUACCCGAUAGACAAAGACACACGCUCCGCUGGCGGAGCUUUCCGAUCUCCCAUGGGACGAAACCCAGCAAUAAACUGAUGCAUACAA